AUGCUUGUUAAAACAGCAGGAGUUAAGCAUUUAAUUAUAUUAGUUAACAAAAUGGAUGAUGUAACUGUACAAUGGUCAGAGGAACGUUUUAAUACAAUUCGUGAUAAGUUAACACCAUAUCUUAAAAAAUUAGGUUUUAAUCCAAAAACUGAUAUCACUUAUAUUCCUGUAUCAGGAUUGACUGGUGCAUUUAUGAAAGAAAAACCUCAAAAUAAUGUUUGUCAAUGGUAUACUGGGCCAUGUUUCAUAGAAUAUAUAGAUAAAGUUCUUCCAGAUAUUCAACGAGACUAUGAUGGACCUUCACGUUGUUUGAUUGUAGAUAAAUUUAGUGAUAUGGGAACACUUAUAAUAGGAAAAAUGGAAUCAGGUGUUAUAGCUAAAGGACAAAAUAUGAUAUUAAUGCCAAAUAAGACACCUGUACAAAUUUUGCAAUGUUUAAGUGAUGAUAUUGAAAGUGAUAUGGUUGUUUCUGGAAAUAAUGUUAAAUUAAAAUUAAAAGGAGUUGAAGAAAGUGAUGUUUUGCCCGGUUUUGUUAUUUGUUCACCAGAUUCUCUUUGUUCAACUGGAAGAAUUUUUGAUGCUGAAGUUGUUAUUUUAGAACACAAAUCUAUUAUUGCACCUGGAUAUUCUUGUGUCCUUCAUAUUCAUAGCGCAAUUGAAGAGGUUACUGUCAAGAAUAUUAUAUGUACUAUUAAUAAAAAAACUGGAGCAAAAGAAAGAGCUCGUUAUGUACGUCAAGAUGAAAAGGCUAUUAUACGUUUUGAAGCAGCAGAAUCUUUUUGUAUGGAAACAUUCAAAAAUUUCCCUCAAAUGGGAAGAUUUACAUUACGAGAUGAAGGAAAGUCUAUUGCUAUUGGAAAAAUUGUCAAAGUUGUUGAGUAA